ACUUUGUACAAAAGGAAAAGUAGAAGAACUGAAGAGAAUAAGAGAGGAGGAUAUAAGAUAUGAGAGCAGCGAGGAGGAGCGGCUAGCUAGCGGAGUCCCCACCUGAAACUCUAACCCCUCUUUUGUCUUCUCCCUGCGAGCAAACUGCAAAGAAGACAAACCCACGCUUUGAAUUGUUCUUCAGAUCCGCUGCCAGAAAUGGUGCGCCAGAGAGAAAAAAGACUCUCCAAACAUCCUCUGAUUCGCUGAAUCCGUCUUCUGUUUCCGUUUCCGUUAUAGUAUGUGUGUGCUUGUACAAGGAAGAGCGAGUAAAUGAGGUGUAAGAAGCAUCUUGCCGAUUUCAGCAGCAGCGUCGGCGUCUGCGCUUCGUGUCUCCGGGAACGCCUUGCCGCGCUCCUCGCCACUCAGGCCGGGGAGGAAGAUCGCCGCAAAUCCGAGCCGGUUCCUCCGCCUCUGGCUUUUCCUCGCUCCGUCUCGCCCUACGUCUCUCGCCGGAAAUCGGACACCUCCGCCUCCGACCAACACCCCCGCCGCACGCUGUGGCAUCAGCGGUUUUACAGUACGCCGCAGAUUGGACCGAGUGGAGGCGUCGUCGCUGGCAAUUUGUGCGACAAGCCGAAGAGUAGGUUUUCUCUCUUCUUCCGUUUGUUCAGAUCCAAAUCGAAGGAGAUGGAUCCGGAUCCCGGCGUUUCGGAUCGGAGUGGUAGGGAUUCGUCUACGGCGUCGGUGUCCUCGCCGUCGUGGUUCUCGAGUGUGUUGUCCAGGCACCGGAGGAAGCAGUCGCGAUUUUCCUUUCCGGACGAAUCGACCGCGGGAUUGGGGCGGAGGACGGGGAGAGAACGAGAUCGGGGAAUGUCGCCGGCUAGGGUUUCGGACUGUGGCGGGGAGGGAGCUUGCCAAGAUGCAUCGAGCGGUUACUCGUCGGAGUCAUCGCAGGGGUGGAGGCAGACUCCGAUGAGGCCGGGGCCGGCAGUGCGACGCGGCGGCGUCCGGCUGAGCAGUUCACGUAAUGCGUCCGGCCUCACGUUCUGUUUCAGUCCGUUGGUGCGUGCGAGCCCCAGCCGGCACUGGAGUCAGAAAGGAAUGCCGCCGGAGACGGCAUUUUCGUCCGAGAUUAGGGCUCCGGCGAAGCCUCACCUGUCGGCGGCGGCAUCGUCCUGGGCGAACAGGUCGAGGAAACUGGCCGAUAUCGGCCGGUUCAAUCUUAACCAUUGAUUUGGACCGAUGAUGUCCCGCGACGGCGGUGAUGACUACACUUGAAAUCCGAUCCGACGCGACGUUUGAUUUGAUGUUGAAAUUUGCAUAAACAGCCUCAAUUUAUCGCCCAAAGAGUAAACAGGCAGGCUUUGCUCCGCAGCACCACGACGGAUGAUGCUCCCCGCGUACAUUACAAGCCAUACAAUCAAGUAGGCCAGCGGGUUGAAAACAAGAUCAAGCGUUGUGGUGGGGCCACGUGUAACUUAGGGCAAUCGAGACCGUCAAUAGUGUGUUGAAAAAGAAGAAAAAGACAGGGAGGAGAGAUCAUGUUGAUGGACGCUCAGGUAAAGCUGGUCAGCAGCAAUCAAUCAAGCGGUGCUGCUUUCUAGGAAAAGAGGAAAGACCGGUACGGUCGAUGGUUGUUAGAGAUAACCGUUAUGGUUUUAAAUGUUUGAGGUUGAUUUUCUUUUUCUCUCUGAUUUGUUCAUUGUUUGUUCCUGUUUUGCCUGUCGGUCUUUGCCUUUUCGUAGGUUUCCCCAAAUUCCGAUUCGAACCCGUCUUCCAACGCUUUUUUUUCUUUCUUUACUUAGAUUUAUUUUCUUUGCACUUUAUCCACACUUUCUUUCGUUU